UAAUUUAUUUGCUUUCAGAGAAGAUUUGGCCACUUGAAGCCAAUGUCUCGUCCAAUAUGACUGUAUAUGAGGGGGAGGACGCCAGGUUUUUUUGUAUUGUAACCAAUGAUGAGACAGCAAAGAUUCAGUGGCUUCGAAUAGAACGAGAUGAAACCAUAGGUGAUAGACCACAACAUACAUACCUACAAGGUGUUGACGAGAGUCCGGAGAUUUUGAUACUUCACGAUGUCGUGCCCGCAGAUGCUGGUCAAUACAUGUGUCUCAUUAGUAACACGUACGGCUCCAAGUACCUGUACAUAUACUUGACUGUCCUUGAGCGAACAACUACGACCACUUCAACAACGACGACCACUCCGACCACUACUACAACAACAACUACUACAAGUACAACAAGUACCACAACAACAACAACACCAGAACCAACAGCGUCAUCAACUGCUCAAAUAACACUGAGUGAUGAGGACCUUCAAAAAUAUGGAAAUAUCAUAUCGCACAACUUCCAAGAUCAAAUAAAAACUAUCGUAACUGAUGCUGUUGAGAGUAUUGUCCAGAAAAUCAACAAUAGGCUAGAGUUUUUAGAAAAUGAAAACAAAAAUCUUAAAAGUAGAGUCUUAGAUCUCGAAGCCAAACUCAUUAAAGCUAACGAGUCACAAGACAAGGCUAAUCAAUACAGAAGAUACUGAUGAGGUUGUUCUUGAUGUUGCGAAGUCCAUGGGUGCAAAUAUACAGUUGAGUGACAUUGACAGAUCGCACCGCCUAGGAAGGCCGUCUAACACUGUUAUCAACGCAAAGCCUCGCGACAUUAUUGUAAAGUUCACUUCUUACAGAUCACGCGCAAAAAUGUUUAAACAAAAAUCAAAACUACGUGUGUCCAAAUUUAAAGGUAGUUUUUUAAAUGAAGAUCUCACACAUACGAGAAGCGGGAUAUUCUUUGAGUGUCGAAGACUAGCUCGUGAACAUCUUAUAACAAAUACUUGGACAUCUGAUGGUAUCAUAAUGGUUAAAUCAAAAGAAGAUAAACUGUAUCGUUUAGAGACGACACGUCAACUCGAAUAAUAACAUUACAACGUAACUUUUGUCGUGCAGUAUACUUGCGUCUAUUGAUAUUAUAAUAGUCGAUACUACAACAGUAUAUGUACUACAGUCAAUGAUUAAAACUGGCUGUGUGGAUUUCCCUAUGGUAUCAAUUUUAGUUAAACAUGUAAUCUUUGGACUAAAUACGAUCGCAAGAAGCCCUGAAUUAUUAUAAUUAUAUAUAGAUGCAUUUACAUGUAUUUAAAAAAAAUGUCUGUAACAUGCAUUUUGUACUUUCAUAUUUAUAUCGGAAAAAAAUUUAUGUAUACAUGAAUGUAAAUUGUCUAUGUCUAUGUAAAUGUAUGUACGCACAUGUUUUAUUGAAUUAUACAGCCGACAUAACAUAAAAUAGUAUGCGUAUUUACGGUAUUGUAUAGAAAUAAAUAAUAAACAUACAUUAAAAUUGGGUUAAAACUGGCUAUGUUGUAUGUACCAAUAAAAGUACUCCUAAGUUUUUAACUUAGUCCAUAUAUGUUUAAUUUGUAUAUGAACAUGUGUAUAGACAAUGACUUCCACAAUCUUUUUUUCCUGUUAUGUUAUACGAAAUAACAUGUACAGUAAAAACUCUGAAAACCGGGCCCUGUCCGGACUUGACCAAAAGUCCGGUUUUCAGAGGAUUCCGGUUUUCAGAGGUUUUAUACAUUUAUUGAUAAGUAUGAUGUGUUUGAACAAUGACUUUGUUCAAUCAUUUUGUGUUUACUUUUCAACCCUUUUGUCUUAGUCAUAUUGUAAUUUCUUUUUGCAAUAAAUCUCUUAGGUAAUUUUAUUAUGCAAAUCCAUGAAUAUAAUUCAGAAAAUCAAAAAAUAAAACACCACAUUGUCUCAAAUAUAUCAUAAUAUCUUUUUCAUUAGCUUUGAAAUAUGUUAUUUAUGUAAUUUAUUAAGUAUUACCUUUUUAGCUCGACUAUUCGCAGAAUAAUCGAGCUAAUGCAGUCACCUAUUUGUCGGCGUCGGCGUCCCAUGUGGUUAAGUUUUUGUAUGUAAGCUGGUAUCUCCAUAACUACAUGUACUAAAGGGAAUGGAUUGAAACUUCACACACUUGCUCUAUGUGAUUAUCUAAGAUGAUUGGCACAAGUCCCAUAACUCUGAUUUGUUUUUUUUUCAUAAUUAUGCCCCUUUUUCGACUUAGAAAUUCUUGGUUAAGUUUUUGUAUGUAAGCUGGUAUCUCCAUAACUACUGAAGGGAAUAGAUUGAAAAUUCACACACUUGUUCUCUGUGAUUAUCUAAGAUGAUUGGCACAAGUCCCAUAACUCUGAUUUGCUUUUAUUUACAUAAUUAUGCCCCUUUUUCGACUUAGAAAUUCUUGGUUAAGUUUUUGCGUGUAAGCUGGUAUCUCCAUAACUACUGAAGGGAAUGGAUUGAAACUUCACACACUUGUUCUUUGUGAUUAUCUAAGAUAAUUGGCACAAGUCCCAUAACUCUGAUUUGAUUUUUUACAUAAUUAUGCCCCUUUUUCGACUUAGAAAUUCUUGAUUAAGUUUGUGCAUGUAAGCUGGUAUCUCCAUAACUACUGAAUGGAAUGGAUUGAAACUUCACACACUUGUUCUCUGUGAUUAUCUAAGAUGAUUGGCACAAGUCCCAUAAGUCUGAGUUGCUUUUUUACAUAAUUAUGCCCCUUUUUCGACUUAGAAAUUCUUGGUUAAGUUUUUGCAUGUAAGCUGGUAUCUCCAUAACUACUGAAGGGAAUGGAUUGAAACUUCACACACCUGUUCUCUGUGAUUAUCUUAGAUGAUUGGCAAAAGUCCCAUAACUCUGAUUUGCUUUUUUACAUAAUUAUGCCCCUUUUUCGACUUAGAAAUUCUUGGUUAAGUUUUUGCGUGUAAGCUGGUAUCUCCUUAACUACUGAAGGGAAUGGAUUGAAACUUCACACACUUGUUCUCUGUGAUUAUCUAAGA